CAACGGCUGACGAUUUUGCUCUGGAGAACAGAUCGGCAGGUCUGUCUGAGCCACAUGCUGUUGCUUCGAUUCGAUGGGCGGCUCGCUGUGGCUGUGGGCCGACAGGCGCACUCGCGAGUCCGUGGCCUUAUGCGCAGUCCAGAAUAAUAAUCGUUCAUACAGCCCUGACAUUGCUCGUGAAGGUCCCCCCCAUUCCCUCGUUGUUGCUGAAGAACUCGGACUCGGGUGGUCACCCACUCACCCGUUGACCAAAACGUGCUCUCUGUGACUCUGUCGACCUCCCCACUUCCGCCUUCUUAUGAAUUCUGUCUCAUGGCUAAGCAUCCUCUGCGCUGUAGCGUCCCAGUACUCGUCUUCGAGUCCACUGCACAGCAACUCCAUGUGGCCGACGAAGUACAAGAGUUAGAGAGAGCAUGUGUCCUCGGGAGGAUGAAUCUAAUGAUUCUCGUUCGAUGUCGUUGGCCUCCUUCAAUCUUCGAGGAUCUUGUACCUCUCUUUCAUCUGCUCCGUCACUCUGCUCCCACUAACCCAUGAUCAUUCAUCUUUGUGCCGAUCCACAAACAUGAAGUAUUUGAGUAUGAGCCGGGACUUGCCUGCAGAAUUGCACUGCAUGAGUAUCAGAAACAACAAUGAGUGUCUUCACUACGACGACUACAAGGAAGCCGGGAAAGAUGUGAACUCAUCAUUUCAUCAUAAAACACGGCGACCUUUUCGAGGCUCAUUCUGCUUAUAAUACAAGCUUGCCAAGAAAGUGAACAUUCUUCAAUUACUUCAUAUCUGAAGUUAACUGAAUUUUGCUAAUGGGUGCCAUCUAAGCAACAAUCUGAUUGCCAUCUUGAUGCGGGUGUAGGACAAAUGUGUCCAUUUAUGUCUCUAUACAACGUCAACCAGAGGAAUGGUGUCAUGAUACCGAGGUACCAAAUGUAGAAGAAUGCAAAAAACUUCAUCUUCCAUGGUGUGCAUGGCAUGGCAGGGUUCUGGAACAUCGAGAACUUCUGACACCGAUUGCAAUCGUCACACUAAAGAUGUUUGAACAAUCGCAACAGAUCAAACGAAGAUCCAACUGCAAGGCGAGAAGUCUAACAGGCAUGAAAAAAUUCAGUGAAGUGAAACUGUAUGGAGAGAGAGAACUCUGUGAUCCAUAGCUUGGGAUGCUCCAAGGUUGGACGCUUCUUGCAGGUUUGUAUGAAUCUGGAGGAGUCUUGAGAACGGCUCCUGGAAACCAAACAGACCAGCGUGAGCUAUUUCCUGGUGCUGGGGAUAAGAGCCGACGAGACGAGCAUUUGCUAAAUAAGGGACGCAUGAUGAUUCGUUGCCAGCACAUGCUCUCCAUCGAACGAAUGUAUCUCGCCAGAUUUGAUUGUUUUGUUUUUUUAUUACUCCACCGUGACCAGACAACAUCCUUGACACACAGGAGACUCACGGAUUCUGCUGAGUCGAUACUCCGGGGUAUGAGAAGCAAAAUAGCUUGCACUUGGCCUACUUACUCGCUCGAAAGAGUAAGGUCACAUGUCUUCCUCCAUCUGGCAAUCCUUCGAUAGUAUGUGAAAAGUGCAAGUUAGAAGGGAUCCAACGAAAUUUCCGGGACUGGGAAUGUCGUCCUCAUGCUUUCGAUACUAGCUUGACAACCACGAACGUGUUGAUUGACUUGCACUGAGUGAUGUGCAUUAGCCCUGGACAGAUGUGUUUGUGCCCCCAACUGGCAGCGAAGAAUUCCCAUUCAUGCAAGACCACAUUCGCAGGCACGUCUUGUUUGCCAAGGUUUUGUCGGUCAGACGAUGACCUCAACGCCAACAAUCGCUUCGUUUCGGCUUCGAGUGUACUUGCAAGCGUUCAGCUGUUGCAGCAUAGUAGCAUGCAGUGUGCUGGUUUGAGAAUCUAGUAGUCUGGAAGGUAAUCAGAACAAUCAGCUCAGGGAGGGGGUUAGGCAGGGUUUUGGGUUUAUGGCUUUAUGGCUUUAAAGGAAAGAUGAAGCGAAUUUGAUGACAUCGCUCCGGACUGUGAAUCUCGUCUACCUGAGCGCGUUGAGUGUGCUCUGAAAGGCAGUGAGACGCAGGGAGAAUUGAAAGUAGAGGGCUUCAGAGGAGUCCCCUGUUCCUUUUACUGCAGAAUGGUCACUUUGAGGAGCAUGAUCGAGGCCAAUUUCUGCACGCAAAUUAACCCUGAAGCUCAGAGAGCUCUGAAACCAAAGUGCAAGAUUUCAAGCAUUGGUUCGAGUUUCAUGUCAGGAAAUCAGCAGAGGAUGAAAGAGGAGGUGAGGUUUUCUCGUCUCAAGGCCUCGGAUAGAGUGGUGCAUCAUGUUCAGGCGGGCACGCGGCCGCCAGCGCACAACUCGCAGAUGCACACUUUGGAGCUGCUACGCCAGGGGCUACUCGGGCAGCAUCCUGAAGCGGCACAACUGAGGGAAGUGGCGGCCUUAGACCUGAAUUGCCUCACAGAAGCUGCGGCAGAAGUUCGAGAUCGUAGACAGCAUGCUUCUAUCGUCACGUUCUCGCCCAAAGUGUUCAUUCCGCUGACCAGAGUGUGCAGAGAUGUCUGCGGAUAUUGCACCUUCUCUCUGGGCCCCAAACCGGGUCAGGCCGUGUACCUUACCAUCGAAGAGGUUUUAAACAUUGCAAGAGCUGGUGCUGCAGCUGGCUGCUCCGAGGCUCUGUUCACUCUUGGGGACAAGCCCGAGCUUGUUUACCCGCAGGCCAAAUUCGAGCUUGCUGCUAUGGGAUAUGCUACAACGAUAGACUACGUUGCAGAAGCUGCCAGGUUAGUACUAGAAGAAACUGGUCUGCUUCCCCACAUUAAUGCAGGUGUCAUGGAAAGAGAUGAUGUUGCAAAACUUCGGCGUUUCUCUGUAAGCCAGGGGCUAAUGUUGGAGUCCAUCUCGGAGAGGCUUAUGGAGCCUGGUGGUCCGCAUUUCAAUUCUCCAGACAAAAACCCGGCAGCACGUCUUGCAACCAUUGAAGCCGCUGGUGAGGAAAAAGUGCCUUUCACGUCUGGUCUAUUGAUCGGAAUCGGUGAAACCCGAGAAGAGAGGCUGGACAGCUUGUUCGCCUUGCGUGAGCUUCAUCUAAAGUAUGGUCACAUUCAAGAGCUUAUAAUACAGAAUUUUCGUGCAAAAAAGGGAACGAGGAUGGCGAAUGCACCAGAACCACCUCUUGAGGAGUUGACGUGGACUGUUGCCAUGGCGCGUUUGACGUUUGGCUCCGCAAUGAGUAUACAGGCGCCUCCAAAUCUAACUCCCAACGUCCAUUUAGAGGACGAAAGCAGCUGGAGGGCGCUGAUCGCUUCAGGAAUCAAUGACUGGGGAGGCGUCUCACCUGUCACUAUCGACUGGGUCAAUCCAGAAGCCCCGUGGCCUCAUCUUGAAACUCUUUCUGCAGCAACUUCGGAAUCUGGAAAGUCGCUCGUGCCUCGUCUUCCACUCUACCCGGAGUAUAUCCGACAGGCUGCAACAUGGGUGGAGCCAUCUAUUAUGAAGUCGGUUCUCAGGAGCUCGAACAGCCUGGGCUAUGCCCGUGCUGAGUCCUGGUCUCCAGGUAUUGCCAUGGACGAAUCUACGAUUGCAUAUUCUUAUCAGGGGAGCGUUGCCGUAGAGAAUGACGGCACAAUGAAGGUUUCAAGGCCCACGACUGGGGGACUGCGGACAGGAAGUUCAGAAAUUACUGAACUUGUCCAAAGGGCUCAGAUCGGUGAACAACUUGCAGAGUUAGAGAUCACGAAACUACUGGAAGCUGUGGGACCAGAUUUUGAGUACAUUAGGAGUGCGGCUGAUGCCUUGCGCAGUCGUGUCAACGGUGACGAGGUAUCGUAUGUUGUAAAUCGCAACAUCAAUUACACCAAUGUUUGCAGCUACAGAUGUCAGUUCUGUGCUUUCAGCAAAGGGAAGACUAAUGAAGAGCUGCGAGGAAAGCCCUACAGACUUUCCUUGGAAGAAAUAGCUCGCAGGUCUAUCGAGGCAUGGGAAAGAGGUGCCACUGAGGUCUGCAUGCAGGGAGGGAUUCACCCAGAAUUCACCGGGGAGACCUACUUGGACAUUCUAAAUACUGUCAGGAAGGCUGCUCCGAAAAUUCAUGUUCAUGCAUUUUCACCUCUGGAAGUAUUUCAAGGAGCUUCCACUCUCGGCAUCAGUUUGGAGGAAUAUUUGAAAGAGCUUAAGAAGGCUGGUUUAGGCUCGCUACCAGGCACUGCUGCAGAAGUACUGGAUGAAGAAGUUCGCAGUGUCCUCUGCCCAGACAAGAUAAACACCAGACAAUGGCUUGAGAUUAUGGAGACCGCUCACAGUGUUGGACUACGGACUACCUCGACCAUAAUGUUUGGCCACCUUGAUCGUCCUUACCACUGGGCACGGCAUCUCCUGCAUGUGAGAAACCUACAGAUGAGAACAGGCGGUUUUACAGAAUUUGUCCCGCUGCCUUUCGUACACAUGGAGGUUUGUGUCAGUCUUACUAGCUUGAAUUAAAUUCAACCUACAUGAACACACUCGAAGUCGGUAUUCGACAUCAAGGUAUUUGCUAAUACAAUUUUCUACUCGAGAUCUUGUUGCUGCAGGCACCAGUCUUUCUAAAGGGAAGAGCUAGGAAGGGACCAACCAUGCGAGACUGCAUUAUCAUGCACUCGGUGGCGCGCCUUGUUCUUUACCCUCACAUCACCAAUAUACAGGCAUCGUGGGUGAAGAUGGGCCCUGGUGGUGUGAAAACCUUGCUGGCUGCGGGGUGCAACGACAUGGGAGGCUCGCUCAUGAAUGAGAGUAUCACUCGUGCAGCAGGCGCAUCUUAUGGUAAGCCCAAUCAAUGAUUCAUGGGGUUCAGUCGAUUCGUCGACUGGAUUCGGCGAUGGCCGUAGAAAGCGCAAAUCAUCAAGGGGACUGUAAUAUUUCUCAUUCGACCGCAUUAAUCUCGUUCGUUGUUCGUCAGGUGAAGAAUUGCCGCCCCACGAGAUGGAAAGGGUGAUCCUCGCUUCGGGACGGAGACCUCGACAACGGACUACUUUAUACGGCGAGGCUCCCGCAGAGCAAGCUCAGAGAUCCUUCGGUGCCAAACCUCUCGUACCCAUUCGAUGACGUGGAGGAGCGAGUCAGAUGUACAGCUGAACUGGACGUCUAGCGCCGCCACAUGGACCGCAGUGACGACGCAGCCGCUUGGACAGAUGUCUGUCGUCAGCGGGUGCUCAGGAGUCUUCCUCAGAAGGAGAAGGGGGUUCUCCGUGGGCCUCGAGCUCGUCAACCACCGAAGGAAGCUUCACUCAGAUGACGCAAAUUGUUGAUUGCACAACUCCUGUUCAUAUCUUUACGAUCCAUACAACAUGCGUUGCUCUGAUGCGUCUUCUCGUCACGAUUGUUUUCUGCUCUCAUCACAACCGGAGUACGAGGAAGACAUCUCUGCUCUCUUUCUGUUAAUGUUGGUUUCAUGUACGUAUGCACUUGUCCGUACCGUUACUUCUCACAUCACUUGUAGAUGAUACAUCCAGAUCGUCAAAUUAGGAUUGCAACAUUGAGUUAAUUGUAUCUGUACCUGAUAUAAUAAUUUCCGAGUUCUCAAUGGGUGAACAUUCCUUGGACUACUUUAGUUAAUGAAUCUGGAAAUGUUCUGUU